UUGGGACAACCACUUAUUCAAAAAAAAUCAUCAACCAGGCUUAUAAUUAAGGAUAAGAUUGAAACAAGAAACUAAUCUAGAUAUGGAAGUGAUUGAUGUGCUUCGAAUGAAGGAAGGAACCGGGAAAACUAGUUAUGCCAACAAUUCAUCACUUCAGAAACGAGUGAUUACCAUCACGAUGCCCGUGAUUCAAGCUGCCAUAAUCAACAUGUAUUGCAACAUAAGUUCGAUGGUCACCAAGACAUUGCGUAUAGCGGACUUGGGGUGCUCUUCCGGCCCAAACACCCUUUUCGUGGUGUCGGAGUUGGUUAGGACUAUUUACGAAACUUGUGAGAUUUCUGGGAGACAGUCACCGGAAUUUCAAAUUUACUUGAAUGAUUUACCCGGAAAUGAUUUCAAUACCAUCUUCAAGUCUUUGCAAGGAUAUCUUGAAAAGAUGGUACAAAAUAUGGGAACUGGUCUUGGCCCAUGUUUCUUUAUGGGAACACCUGGUUCCUUUUAUGGUCGGUUAUUUCCAUCCCAAAGUCUACAUUUUGUCCAUUCUUCUUAUAGCCUCAUGUGGCUUUCUCAGGUUCCACAAGGAAUAGAGAACAAUAAGGGAAACAUCUACAUGGGAAGCACUAGCCCGCCUAAUGUGUUUGAAGCAUACUACAAACAAUUUCAGAGUGAUUUUUCUCACUUUCUUCGAUGUCGUUCCGAGGAACUAGUGCCCGGUGGUCGAAUGGCCUUAACAAUUCUGGGCAAGAAAAGCGAAGACCGGUUUAACUCGGAUGGCUAUUACAUAUGGGAACUCUUAGCCAUGGCCCUCAAUGAAAUGGUCUCGGAGGAGAUAAUAGAAGAAGCUGAAAUGGACAAGUUUAACAUUCCGCAGUACCCCCCAUCUGCGGGAGAAGUGAAGUUGGAAGUGGAAAAAGAAGGUUCAUUUAUUAUCGACUAUCUCGAGGUUAGCCAAGUCGAGUGGAAUGCUUGCGAGUGGGGUGUCUCAACUAAUAAUCAAAACAACCAUAAUGUGGGAUAUGACUUGGCUCAAUGCAUGAGGGCAGUUGCAGAGCCCAUGCUAGCCAGCCAUUUUGGAGAGUCAAUCAUAGACGAGAUUUUCCGUCGCUAUGGUAACAUAUUAUGCGACCGCAUCGCUAAGGAGAACCCCAAAUUCUAUAAUGUUACUGUGGUCAUGGUUAAGAAGUGAAAUAUGUAUAGAGAUGGUGGAAUAUAAUUAUCUGUUUCCUAGUAUCGUAUUGUCAUAUAUGGUGUGUCUGUAAUCUAUGGAUGUUUUUUAAAUAUAAAGAGUUAUAUAAGAUUUAUUCA